UGUCUGGUUAUCAGCUCAGAGAUCUGGUGUGAUCAGAUCUGAGGGUCACACAUCAUCAUAAAUAAACCUGAUCUCAGAGCAGUCAUACGCAGAAGCUGGACAGGAUAGCUGCGACAACAUGAAGCUGAGACACAGUGUCUGCACUCUGCUGGUAUGUUGCAGUAUGUUGUGGGUAGUAGUCUCCUCCUCCAGGGUUAAAGCUCCUCCUCCUCCACCUCCUCCUCCUGGGUGUAACUCCAUGUUGGCAUUCUCCCCAACAGUCUCCUCCUCGUCCGAGGGAAAUGGAAACAUCCACAGCAGAUCUCUGUCUCCAUGGAGCUGGAGGUCGACCACAGUGAAGAACCGGAUCCCCUCCACCCUGUGGGAGGCCGAAUGCAGCAACAGCUUCUGCUCCAGUCCGAACCCUGGACCCACAGACAAACACAACCUGAACUCAGUGCCCAUCUACCAGAACAUCCUAGUCCUGAACCAGCAGGAGGGGGGGCGCUGCUACACAGCGUCGUACCAGUCUGUGGCCGUGGGCUGUACCUGCGUCUGGGCCAAAACCAAAACAAACUGAAACCAUGUCAACCUGAAGCAGCAGCUGAGCGACAGAGAAAUUAUUUAAUAUUUGCUGACUGAAGGUAGUAGUACUGAACUAUGUUGUUCUCUUUGGAGUCUGUAAUAACCCUGCAUAUGUUUAAAUAAAAACUGACGAUACGAAA